UUUGUCAAGUCGCCCAUGUCAGAAACUAAGCUCACUGGGGACGCCUUUGAGCUGUACUGUGACGUGGUCGGGAGCCCCACGCCAGAGAUCCAGUGGUGGUACGCAGAAGUCAACCGGGCAGAGUCUUUCAGACAGCUGUGGGACGGUGCUCGGAAGCGCCGUGUCACCGUAAACACCGCCUACGGGUCAAACGGCGUGAGUGUGCUGAGAAUAACCCGGCUCACCUUGGAGGACUCUGGGACUUACGAGUGCAGGGCCAGCAACGACCCCAAGAGGAAUGACUUGAGGCAAAACCCCUCCAUAACAUGGAUUCGAGCCCAGGCCACCAUAAGCGUCCUUCAGAAGCCAAGGAUUGUCACCAGUGAAGAGGUCAUUCUUCGAGACAGCCCUGUUCUCCCCAUCACCCUGCAGUGUAACCUCACCUCCAGCUCUCACACUCUUACAUACAGCUACUGGACAAAGAAUGGGGUCGAACUGACUGCCACUCGCAAGAAUGCCAGCAACAUGGAAUACAGGAUCAAUAAGCCGAGAGCUGAGGAUUCAGGCGAAUACCACUGUGUAUAUCACUUUGUCAGUGCUCCUAAAGCAAAUGCCACCAUUGAAGUGAAAGCUGCUCCUGACAUCACUGGCCAUAAACGGAGUGAGAAUAAGAAUGAAGGGCAAGAUGCCAUGAUGUAUUGCAAGUCAGUUGGCUACCCACACCCAGAGUGGAUCUGGCGCAAGAAGGAGAAUGGUAUGCCCAUGGACAUUGUCAAUACCUCUGGCCGCUUCUUCAUCAUCAACAAGGAAAACUACACUGAGCUGAGCAUCAUGAAUCUCCAGAUCACAGAAGACCCUGGAGAGUAUGAAUGUAAUGCUACCAACUCCAUUGGCUCAGCCUCCGUUGUCACCAUCCUCAGGGUACGGAGCCACCUGGCCCCACUCUGGCCUUUUUUGGGAAUUCUGGCUGAAAUCAUCAUCCUUGUGGUGAUCAUUGUUGUGUAUGAGAAGAGGAAGAGGCCAGAUGAAGUUCCUGACGAUCAUCAGGCAGAUUGAGCUUGAGGAGAAUCCAAGUCAAGCCUAGAAGCCACCCCAAGAUCGCAGGCCACCUGGCCUUUCAGGCAGAUUUAAGGUAUCUAAUUGGUUGUCACAUGGUUGCCUGGUGUAGCCCCAGCCCAGUCAGACUGUUCUUGAGAAAAGCCGUUGGAACAGGCCAGCCUUUGGUUCCCUUGGUUGGUGGUCCCUUUGGUAGGUUUUCAAGGUUCUCCGUGAAGCAGGCACCAAGCGUUUGGCUUUUCUAUCUCACGAGAAUGGUGGAAUCUGAUGCAUCCACCACACCCGGUUUUAAGACAGAGACAGCUAAGCAGUAACACCUGGAGCCCAUGCCCCAAGGUGACACCCUCAGGCUGGCUUAGGGCCAGAGGUGGGACUAGAUAAUGGCACCAGGACUGUAGUGAAUUAUUAAGUGUUGGAAAGAACAGGAUCUUACAGAUUUUUGGAUCUUUAGAUUUUGAGGAAAGUCCUAGGAAAUCUUUGGGGGUUUUUCGUUGUUGUUGUUGUUGUUGUUGUUGUUGUUUUUGUCAUGGAUAUUCCAUUUCUAACCCCAGGAUUACAGUCGGGGUGGCUACUGCUGGAGACUUGUACCAGUAGUACGCUCAGCUUCCUGACUAGCUCCCACCCUUCGGCCCUGUAACAUCACCAUCAAAUUCAUUGGCCAGCGCGAUUACCACCACUUGCCUGUCACUGACUAUACGAGAAGGGUAUGGGCUUCAGUUCAGUGGAGGCCGGCCUCGGGUGAUGGUGAGGAUGCCAACUCUGGUACGGCUGUCCUGGGCCUGUGCUCGCUCGUGCACCAAGGUUCUUUGCCCGCCCCACAGAGUUGUCUGUGUCCCUGCAGCUACCACUCCCUCAGAAGGCGUGCAGCCCUGAAGGUAGCCGGUGGCUUUGGCCUCUCUGGAAGGCCACGUUUGAAAGCAAUAGCCCCUUCCCCUUCUUUUCCUUUCUUAGCACCUCCAAAAUCUCUCUGCCUGCCCUAAGUAGAAGAGUAUCACAGUGAGGCUGGUGAAAAGGUUUGUUGUUGAACCUAACAACGCCUGCAGGAAGCCCUGCUGGACUCCCUCCCAGCGUACAUUCCUUCCGCAGCGAGCUGGAUGGAGGAGUGAGGGGACGUCAGCUGGAAGCCACUGGGCCUGUGGAAAUAAAUGAGCUAGUUCCCUGCAGCAGAAGUGUGCCCCCAGGAUUUUUACAUUCCUUUUCCUUGGUCCACUCCUAGGUCCAGCUGCUGUUCUAUGAAGUGAACUGUGUUCUUGGGAUUUUCACAUAUGCAUAAUGCUUUUUCCUGUAGUUUUUUCUCUUUCCUGCUACAGAUUAGGAUUCCUAAGGCAGAAUACUUAUAUUUAGGCAUGAGAAUCAAGGGAAGUUGUCUGUAUUUCCAGCAUUGGCUCUCUAGGAGCAGUUAUAAACGCCUCAGUUCUGCAAAGCCUUUUCAUCCCCUCAGAGUGUUUUUGCUUUGCUAAACAGCACCUUGCUCAGCCUUCCCUUUGGAAAGGUAGAGAAGCAAAGAGGAAAAGGCAAAGAUGGGCUUCAGAACCUGAUUUUUUUAUUUUAAGACGAGGCUGGCUGCCCCUUUCUUGGCAGAGUGACACAUUAGCUUAGCAUGUCCCCAUCUGAGGUUCCAGUCUUCCUCCUAGGAAGCCACUUUGUUUAUUACCAGGUUGCCACCGCCACCCCCCACAUGUGUGUGGAAGACAUUCGGGUUAGAUUUGAGAAAUGGUUAGUAUUGGUUUGGACAAGCGCAGACACCUGCCUGGGGAAGCAACUAUUGUUAUAAAAAAAAAUAGCUAGAGCUCCAUGGCUCUUGAACUCAAGUGGUGGCCAGUUGGGUAGAGGAGACCUGUGUGGUCAGCAAAUCUUCUGAAUGGCUUUCUGAAGGCAAGGUACCUCUUUUAAGCUAAACUAUUAUAGACAGUGGAUGGAUGAAUCCUACAUGAAAGACAUUGGUAAGUGCAAAGUAAAAUCUCCUUACUCUGGUGUCUUGGAAGAACUGUAAUGCAAGUAGCAUUUACUUUUCUGUUGUUGAAUUGGG